CCCUAACAGCCAUCAGGAAUAGCCACUCCCAGGCAUCUUAAGGGGUUCGCCGAUCGACAAAUCACUUUGCUGACCAGCAGACAUCUUUGGCUGCUGCGUUCUCUCCGCCCUACCGAACUCCCUCCCCCCCCUCCUCCGAGCGAGCAUGGAUGUCGACGCCAAUAUGGCGGGGCCCCGUCUGCCUCUGGUGACGUAUCUGGCGACGGACAUCAACGCGGUGACGAGCUCGACGGAGGCGACGAAAGCCACGUUCCUCGCCCGUGCCGGCCAGGGAACUCUCCCUCGCGAGGUGCUCAGCCAAUGGCUGUCACAGGACCGGCUCUACGCCCAGGCUUAUGUCAGAUUCGCGGGGGGACUGAUAUCACGGGUGCAGCUGCCGACAGCAUUGGACGACGGCGACGAGGCGCGCGAGCUGCAGUGGCGCAUUCUCGAUCUGCUGCAGGACGCCCUCGCGGGUGUCACACGCGAACUGCGCUUCUUCGAGGAGACGGCGAAGGCGUACGGGCUAGACCUCGCGGCGGCGGGAGGGGCGUCCGGCUUCGCCCCUGCCACAGCGACGCAAGGCUACAUCGACCUGUUCGACUCGUUCGCGGCACGGCCGAGGGCGGGGCCGGCGCGGACGCUGCUCGAGGGGCUCGUGGUGCUCUGGGCGACGGAGCGGACCUACCUGGACUCGUGGGGGUACGCACGGGACCAGACGGCGACGGAGGCGGCGGACCUCGACGGUGGCGCGCUGCGCCAGGCCUUCAUCCCCAACUGGACGUCGGACGAGUUCCGCACCUUCGUCCGGGAGUGCGAAGAGUGCCUCGACGCCUACGCCAAGGCCCAGGGCGUCCACUCCCAGGCCCCCACCGCCCCCGCCUACCUAGCCCUCUACAAGCAGGUCUUGGAUCUCGAGAAGGCAUUCUGGCCCGUCCUAGAGUGAAGAUGGGAGGGAAUUACACGAAAAUGUAGGAGAUAAAAAGACGUCGUGUGUACAUGCAUAUAGAUUUACCCUAUUCUUGAAGUCUACGGAAGCCUCCCCCGCUCUCCCC